GAUUGGCGGGUGGUCAAUCGUAAGUUGGAGCACGAUGGAACGAUAGAGCUUGUCCAUAUCAUGGAAGACCUUGACCAGUAGCCCCUGCAGAUACGGUAAAGACUAGAGAUACCUAGCUGCAAGUCUUCAUACGUACUGACAUUCCACUCUGAGCUUCUCACCCUCAUGACUGCACCACCACUCUUAACUGCUAACAAAAAUGGUUGAAAAUAAUACCAAUAAUCUCUUGUUACCACUGCUCCUCUUCUUCCUCCUCUCCGUUUCCGGUGCAAAGCUCGAUCAUGGCGAGCUCCAAGCUCUCCUAACCAUCAAGCGAGACUGGGGUAGCCCUGCAGCAUUGAGCUCAUGGAAGGUGAGAAACUCUGGCUCUUCCGGUCACUGUAGCUGGGCAGGAGUUGCCUGUACGGAUGGCCAUGUCACAGCCCUCUUCUUCUCCAGCUUCCAGAUUGCCAACCCAAUCCCAGCCUCUGUUUGCAGCCUCAAGAAUCUGCAGUAUUUGGACCUCUCUUACAAUAACCUCACCGGUGAUUUCCCCACUGUGCUGUACAAUUGCUCAAAUUUGCAGUUCCUUGACCUGUCCAACAAUGGAUUCGCUGGCAGCCUUCCCGACAGCAUCGACAAGCUGUCGUCGGGGAUGAUACAGCACCUCAACCUGUCGAGCAAUUCUUUUGUUGGUGAUGUGCCGUCGGCUAUUGCGAGGUUGUUGAAGCUCAGGUCACUGAUCCUUGACACCAACAGCUUCGAUGGGAGCUAUCCGGGUGCUGCCAUUGGAGGCCUUGUGGAGCUUGAGACGCUGACGUUGGCUUCCAACCCGUUCAAGCCUGGUCCGAUUCCGAAGGAGUUUGGGAAGCUCACGAAGCUGACGUAUUUGUGGCUGUCAGGAAUGAACCUGACUGGCUCCAUCCCCGAUGAACUGUCGCCAUUGAGAGAGCUCACAUUGCUGGACCUCUCGCAGAACAAGAUGGAGGGCACAAUCCCGAAAUGGAUAUGGAAGCUGGAGAAGCUCGAGAUGCUGUAUCUCUUCGCAAGCAAUUUCAGCGGCGAGAUUGGCCCUGAAAUCACAGCUCUGAACCUGCAGGAGCUUGACCUGGCCAUGAACAAGCUCACAGGAUCAAUACCACAAGACAUUGCAAAGAUGAAGAACUUGAGAUUACUAAACAUGUACUACAACAAGCUCACCGGAGCCAUCCCGGAAGGCAUCGGUAGGCUCCCAAACCUCGUCGACAUCCGGCUCUUCGACAACAAGCUCUCCGGUCCCCUGCCACCGGAGCUCGGGAAGCACUCCGAUUUGGGCAAUUUGGAGGUGUCCAACAACAACCUCUCCGGCGAGCUUCCCGACACGCUCUGCUUCAACAGGAAGCUCUACGACCUCGUGGUGUUCAACAACAGCUUCUCCGGCGUGUUCCCGGCGAGCCUAGGGGACUGUGACACCAUCAACAACAUCAUGGCAUUCAACAACCACUUCGUCGGGGAUUUUCCGAAGAAGAUAUGGUCGUUUGGAGCGCUCACCAAUGUCAUGAUCGGAAACAACAGCUUCACCGGCGCUCUGCCGAGGGAGAUAUCGCCGAACAUCACGAGGAUCGAGAUGGGGAACAACAUGUUCUCCGGUGCCGUGCCGUCCGUCGCCGUCGCGCUGAAGAACUUCAGGGCGGAGCACAACCAGUUCGCCGGAGCUCUACCGGAUGACAUGUCCGGGCUCGGUAACCUCACCGAGCUGGACCUCGCCGGAAACCGGUUGUCCGGCCCGAUUCCGCGAUCUAUCAAAUCAUUGACAAGGCUGACAUCGCUCAACCUUAGCAGCAACCAGAUUUCCGGUGAGAUCCCUGCGACACUCGGGUUGAUGGGUCUAAACAUUCUGGACCUCUCCAAGAACAAGCUCACCGGCCACAUCCCUGAGGAAUUCAACGAUCUGCAUCUCGGCUUCCUCAACCUCUCGUCCAACCAACUUGCCGGCGAGAUCCCGUCGUCACUGCAAGACCUUGCGUUUGACCGGAGCUUCUUGGAUAACCCCGAUCUUUGCUGUCGCUCAGAGUCCGGCAUGCACGUCAGGACAUGUCCGGGGAUCCAUGGCGGCGGUAGCGCCCACGAUCACCUUCCAUUGGGCAUCAUGCUUGUGAUGGUCAUCCUUCCCGCCAUAACUCUUCUCAGCGUCGCCAUUACCGGGUGGCUUCUCCUGCUCCGGCGCAAAAACGGCCAGCUCCACGAUGUCGCGUCGUGGAAGAUGACGCGGUUCAGAGCGGUGGAUUUCACCGAGCGCGACAUCGUCGGCAGCCUCAGCGAGAGCAACGUGAUUGGGAGGGGUGGCUCCGGGAAAGUGUAUCGCGUUCAACUCGGCGGCGGCGGCGGCAGCUGCACGCCGAGGACGGUGGCGGUGAAGAAGAUGGGCUGCGCCAGCAAGCCGGAGACGAACCUCGACAAGGAGUUCGAGUCGGAGACGAGGACGCUGGGCGAGCUCCGGCACGGCAACGUCGUCGAUCUGCUCUGCUGCGUCUCUAGCCACGACACGAAGCUGCUCGUCUACGAGCACAUGGAGAACGGGAGCCUCGACCAGUGGCUGCACCGCCGCCACGGGCGAGACGGCGGAGGGACCGGGCCGCCGUUGGACUGGGCGACGAGGCUGGGCAUCGCCGUGGACGUGGCGAGAGGGCUGAGCUACAUGCACGAGGAAUUCGUGCGGCCGGUGAUCCACCGGGACGUGAAGUGCAGCAACAUCUUGCUGGACUGUAGGUUCAGGGCCAAGAUAGCUGAUUUCGGGCUUGCUCGGAUCCUUGCCAACUCCGGCGAGUCGGAGUCGGCCUCCGCUGUCUGUGGCACCUUUGGCUAUAUUGCUCCAGAGUAUGUAUACAGGUCAAAGGUGAGCGUAAAGGUGGACGUGUACAGCUUCGGCGUUGUGCUGCUGGAGCUCGCCACCGGGCGGGGAGCGCAGGACGGCGGCGCCGACUCCGGCAGCUGCUUGGCCAAAUGGGCGUGGAAGCAGCGCAACAAUGGCGCCGGUCCGGUCGCCGGCUUGGUCGACGACGAGAUUCGAGAUGAUGCUGACUGCCUCGACGGCAUGGUCGCCGUGUUCGAGCUCGGCGUGGUCUGCACCGCCGACGAGCCGGCGUCGAGGCCGCCGAUGAGCGAGGUCCUCAGCCGCCUCCUGCAGUGCUGUGACCGUGAUCGUAGCCGGACAUGCAGCGACGACAUCAUCACGGCGAAUAAAGGCGUGUUUGGGAUCGAAUCGAUCGAUGAUUCUUUGGAUUGUAUUGUUUAAUUUUUUUUUUUAGAAGUACCAAUUUAUACUCCAGCUUUUUUUUUCAUUUUUUCCUUGAACGACAUUGAAAUUAAUGUCUUGUAUAGGUAAAUGGGAAACUCUA